UGACAGAGUUCUGCGACCGCUUGAGACAGCGCAUGCAGUGAUACGCGGCUAGAAGUUCGAGUCACUUUGCUUCAGAGGGUGGAGGCUACUAGAGGUACACCAUUCAGCCAGUCGCUUCUCAGAUCUACUCUCCGAACACAGGGGUUAUGUUUCCCUUAACCAACGCGGAGCCAGAACCUAAGACUCCCAGCUGCCAGCCGACAGCGGCAGACUGCACAACGGAAGCAUCCACUGCAGGCGUGCUCAAAGUUGGCUGUCUCCGCGUGGAUCCGAGUUCGAAGACCGGAAAGAGGAUCUACCUUUUGCAGAUGAUUAUAUUUCCGUUCAUCCCAAUCGCCGCGCUAAUAGUACAAAACCUCUGUACCAUGGUGAGCGUCGCCCUCGCAACUAGGGACGCCACGGCCAUAAACGAACAGAUCGAGCUAGCAGAUGAGGUUGUCGAAUUACUUACCACCCUGCAACUCGAGAGAGGACAGGUUGCGUAUUAUAUCUUCACGGAUGGAAACAGGACCAAUUUGAAUUCAGUCUUCAACCAAACCAACGAAAAGCUAACCACAAUAUCCUGGCAAAACUGGAAAUACAUUUUCAAAGAUGAUCAAGAGUUUCAGCGGCAUUUGGACCAAUUCAGCGCUAAGCGAGAAGGUGUUUUGGAAUUGGCGCAGAACAUUUCCCGUUCCGAUGAAUCUGCAAUUCAGGAAAUGAACUGGUAUAAUGUAGCAAACAAAUACAUUCUGGAUAAACUGUCAGAAAUAAUUCGAGAAACGUCAGUGAGCGGAGUGUGGAGGUUGCUAAUAGCAUACAAGAAUAUAAUAUGUGCUGUGGAGAACUUCAGUAUUGCAACUGUAUAUGGUCUCUACUAUUUUGGAAGAGGGAAUCUUGGAACUGAAAGUUUUUCCAUGUUUGUGCGCUACGAUUCUCUUGCCCAGAAUUACUUCACGGCCACUCAGCACUUCUCGCUCGUCAUAUAUGAAGAAUACCAACGCUUUCAACUCACCUUCCCACCGUUUGAAAACAUGACAUUAAGACAACUGGAAAUAUAUACCAAUCGGCCAAGAAGCCCUGACUUUCAUAUUGCUGAUGAAUAUUAUUCAACAAUGUCACUCUUUCUUGUGGAACUGAAAAGAUAUCAACAGAAGAUUCACUACUUGAUAAGAGAGAAGAUGUACCAGAAUAUUAAUGAUGCAAGAUAUCAGCAAUGUGUUGCCAUAAUAAUUUUGGUGAUGGUACUAUCUAUCUCUCCACUCAUCAUAAUCUUAGUGAUAAAUGCCACCAAGACUAUCCAGACAUUUGCAGGGACACUGAUUACUCGCAGCUUAGAGCUAAAACAUGAGAAGAGGAAGAGUGACCAACUCCUGUUCCAGAUGUUACCACCACCAGUUGUCAGGCAACUCAAGCAGCACGGGCAGGUUCCAGCUGAGAGUUUCGAAUCUGUGACCAUUUACUUCAGUGACAUUGUUGGUUUCACUCAACUGUCAGCUGUAAGCUCACCCAUGCAGAUUGUUACUAUGCUUAACACUCUGUAUCGUCUAUUUGAUUUUAUUAUCCAGAAAUAUGAUGUAUACAAAGUAGAAACUAUUGGGGAUGCAUACAUGGUUGUAUCAGGCCUUCCACAAAGAAAUGACAACCGUCACUCUGGCGAAAUUGCCACAAUGUCCCUCGAUCUCCUCCAUGGUGUUCAUCAUUUUGUGAUUCCUCACCAACCUGCUGAGAAGCUGCAGAUUCGUAUAGGUAUAAACACAGGACCCUGUGUUGCUGGUGUUGUUGGUACAACAAUGCCACGUUACUGUCUCUUUGGUGAUACAAUAAACACUGCAUCUCGCAUGGAGUCAACUGGAGAAGCCAUGCACAUCCAUAUAUCACAGAAGACAAAAGAUAGUUUGGACCUUGUGGGUGGUUAUCAUAUGCAAUGCAGAGGGCCAAUGGAAGUGAAGGGAAAGGGUGUAAUGAAAACCUACUGGCUUCUUGGCAAGGAAGGCAGUUUCUUGUCUUCAUGUGAAGAAGACUUUCUCCAUAUACAGAAGACACAAGAUUUCCUACAGAUAAUUAGUGGAACCCAGACGAAAGGAAUAUAAUUUAGCAUAAUUUAAUUAUACAAAUAAGGUACAACGUUUCAAACCCAGUCCAAGGAGCAUACAGAGUUGAGGUCCCAAGCGAGAUGAAACCACAUCAAGGCUGCUGAACACACAGAUAAAGUAAUUAUUGAGUACCAGCAGAAGGUAAAGGGAAAGGAGUUGAAAGCAAAAUGCAAGGGAAAGAGGGAAGCAAACAUGAAGUGGUACACCUAAUUGAAUACUUCCUCUCUUCUCUUGCUCCCAGGUAAAUAUAGAGUACUAUCAUUUGGUACUGUGUGAUUACUCAGAAUGAAUGGUCUUGGUGGAGAGAAGUAUCGUUUCGAAUCUGAUUUCUGUUUGUUUUGGCUUUCUCCCUUUACAGUUUAAUUUUACAGUUUGUUUUAAACAGCCAUAAUUGGUUGAGUUUUGGACUUGGAUCAGUUGGAAAUGGAAUACUCAGAGAAUUUAAUUUGUAUUGAAACCACUGGAUCUCAUCUUUGUUAGAAGGAAAGAGAAGAAACAAAACCAGUCAAGGCAGUGAUGUUGCAUGGGAUUCAAUGGACUUGGGAGAGUGUAAUUGUACUGUAUUUAUUAGCAUUCAUUGAUCCAUUCAGGUACAUGACCAUUGGAUAAUUAACUGUCAGCAGAUUACAUUGAUAUUUACAUAAGAUUGUCUUAACAUAGAAUAAAUAACAAUUAAUAUAUAUAUAUACGAAAUAUAAUAUAAAAUAUAAUAUAAAGUUAUAAUUACUGGGAUAACUCAAGGUCACAUUUAUUAUUCCUAUCAAGAUACUCUUCGACUGAAUGAAAAGAAUUUUCUAUAAGAAUCUUUCUCAAUUUAUGCUUCCAUUUAUUAAUAUCAUGUGCAAUUUGCUUGAUAUUGGGGGGUAGAGAGUUAAAUAAGGUAAUACCAGAAUGAUAUACUCCUCUUUGAACUUUAGUUAGACUUACUAAAGGAACAUGAAAGUCCAAUUUUUGGCAGGGAUUUAUUUUAUGCAAGUCGGUAUUUAUUGUGAAAAAAUCCAUAUACUUUACAACAAACAUAAGAGUUGAAAAGAUAUAUUUGGCGUAAAGAGUUAAAAUUCCAAGUUUACUAAACAUUUCCCUACAGGAAUCUCUUGCUUUGGCUUUCAUGGUAAUUCUUACAAUUCGUUUCUGGGUUACAAAAAUAGGUCUAUUAUGUGGUGAAUUACCCCAAAACAUGAUACCAUAAUUUAACAUUGAAUGAACAUACGAGAAGUAGAUCUGUUUCAGGAUUUUCAAUUCUAAUACAGGUCUGAGGGAACAAACCAUGCAGCCUAAUGAAUUUAACUUUGAAUUUAUAUAAUCAAUAUGUUCUUUCCAUGUUAAUGAAGAUUCUAUUAUAAUACCUAAAAAUUUAAUGGAGUUAGUAGUUAAUUUUAUAAGUAUUGAAUUAAGUGGUAUCCAAAGACCGAUGACUAAUAUUUGGAAGGAACUGCAUAAAUUUAGUCUUAUUACAAUUUAAUAGCAUUCUAUUUGAGUUAAACCAUUUUUGUGUAAUCUCCAGAAGUACUUUAACAUCUUGGUCCAUCUUCACUGAAUCAGAAUUUGAUAUUAUAAAGGCAGUUUCAUCUGCAAAGAGUAUUGGUAAGGCUUUGCAUUUUACUAAUUUAGGUAGAUCAUCUAUGUAAAAUAAAAACAAUAAGGGUGCAGGAAUCGACCCUUGGGGCACUCCAUUUUUAACUUAUUCCCAGGCUGAAACAUAAUUUGAAGCACACAACGACUUAAUUAUUACUCUUUGAUACCUAUUACUUAAGUAAGAUUUAAUUAAUUCACCAAAUCUACCUACUGUGCCAUAAUACUCUAAUUUAGUUAUUAGGAUCUCAUGAUUUACAGUAUCAAAAGAUUUAGUUAGGUCACAGAAAAUUCCACUAACUGAUGAUUUAUUAUUAAUUUCUGAUAAAAUUUGAUUUGUUGGUUUAAUUAUAGACAAUUCCGUUGAACUGAAAUAUAUGAUUUACUCUUAAAUGAAUAAAUUAAUUAUUUGUCCCCUUGAGAUGCUACUUGUUAAACCAUUUAUUUUAUAAAGUUAUAGACACAGUGGUUCUUCCAAAAGAAAUAAAUAAACAGACAAUAAUGGUAAUAUAUCAACUAAAAAACAGGUAACAAAAUUUGUCUGAGAGAAAUUUCCCACUUUCUGCAGCUAAUUUAUAGUGCAGGGUGCUGAAAACUUUAUAGUUAAGAGAAUAAAACUUCAGUUCCUUCCAUACAGACAUUGAAAACUACCUGAAAUGCAAACUGAGUUGUAUGCAGAAUCACUUUUGAGAAAAUGAAUAAUUUGGUAGGGCAUCAGAUGAGCAUUCAUUUUGAGACUGUCUCAGAUCUUCAAGACAUGAUAUAUAAUCUCAGCAUCAGAAUUGACUUGUACGAGUAUUUUACACAUAGCAUUCCAUACACUGCUAUGUUCAGUAGUUAAUAUGUGUAAUACAAACUUGAUAUAUGUUAAUAGGAAACAAAAUACUGUUAUUUAAUCACAACUAGCUAUAAAACUGCCAAAAUUUGUUUCUUGGGGAGAAGGGGUAAUACACAUAAUGUUGUGUUAUUUUAAUUCUAUUCAAAUAUUCUGUGAAGAUUUUAUCAGUAUCCUAUUUACUGUCUAUAUAUCAAAUUUGUAAAUGUAUAGGCAGAGGUUAGAUAUUGAUACAGUUAAUACUUGUUGCAAAAAUAAAAAUAUUUUUAAGGGAAACAAUGCUGUUCCCUUAAAAAGAACUCACAUGCUAAUUUGUAAAUCAUGUUCAUUAAAUAAUUCUUUUUGUACAACAAACACCCACACACUAACAUUCAGAAUUUGCCAGAUUUCUAGCUCCUACUCUGCUUCCAGCCCAGAAGUUCUUACAAAUAUUAUAUAUCAUAUGUCUUCGGACUAUCAUCUGUCAGCAAAAGAAAAUCUUAAGUACAUAUUAACGUAUAUUUAGCUGCAGACACAUGAGAAAAGAAUUCAAGCAACAUGAAUCACAUUAUCAUCCAUCAGAAAUGUCCAUCAAUGUGUUAUAAUUAAAAAUAGAAAUCAUUAAUUGAGAAACAGAAUACCUGUCAGAAAUGUGUGCAGGAAAACAUAAAAGGAAGCCUGGUGUUUAUUUAUAUUGUCUUUGUUAAAUGUAGUAUAAGGCUUUUACUUCAACUGUGACUAUAAGAGAUAGUACCCUCUGUGUUCAUCAUGUGAUAUAUUGUAGGAAAACUUUCUUCAGUAUUACAAAAAUAACCUCAUAGUAUCAAAAUAAGUCUGCAAAAUGAAUACUGUAAUUGACUUUUUUUUUUUUUGUGAUUUGGCCACAGGCUACUUGUUAUCAAGAUGACCAGACCAGAAACUUGUAAACUAUAAAAUAAAAAAAAUGACUGUAGAAAUAUGGUGCUUCUUUUUACUGUUUUGCAUAUAUGUACUGGGUAGGUUCUAAGAGAGACUACAAUAAAUUUCUGGUUCAGUAAUAUACAUACUAUUUACACUGACAAUUUGUUCUGCUGAGCGUUAUUUAAUCUAAUGUAAAUUUAAUGCUGAUUAUAUGAAAAUGUGCUAUAAUGAAUGGAUUAUGAAUGUUUCACUACAUGUUUAUGAUUUACUUAACAAUACUGUAAGUAGUCUCCAUCUAGUGCUGAUGUAAAGAAUGGUAGCACUAAACCUCUCCUCCCCAUAUGCCUUCAUGGGACAGUGCUUAACUAAUUAAGCACAGGAAAAAUUUUACCUUUGUAAGUAGUACAGACUAUGUAGCAUCAAAUGGUAAGAUGAUUACUGAAUAAUAAAUGGUAAAGAAUGUUGAAGGAAAUGGCUGUAGCUAAUUUUAGGUACUAUUCUGGCACUUUUCCGGGACGGACUGAAGAAAAACAUUAAACUCUUAAAUCACUGUCAGUCUUCAGACCAAGAUUUGAAGUUGGUACCUCCUGAAUACAAAGCAGGAGAGCUACCCAUUUGACCACAGUGUUUGAUAUCAAAUUUAUAACAAUUACACUAAGAAUAUAAUUCAUUUCUUUCAUCACACCCUGUCCUAGUGUUUAUUUUCAUUACUGUAUGUUGUGUAAAACCAAACUCAGUACAUAUUGCAUAUGAAAAUAUUGUAACGCUUAUCUUUUUUGAAAUAGUUAUAUCUCAUUGUCAGUAACAACAUAAAAUCUUGAAGUCAGCUUGAUUAUGUCCACUAUUAUUUCACUGUAUACCAUUGCACUGCCCUCUUAUUGCAUCUUGCACAGAACUCACUUGUGAUUCUCCACACACACUAUUCCCCAUUUCCUCUGACACAUGUCCAUGCCAGCCAUCCACACUCACUAACACUGAACUGCAGACUCUAACAUCCCUUGCCUUGAUAUCGGGAGUUCAAUGCAUGUUACACUUCAAGAACCGUUGGGUCGUAACAUUAAAGGGAUGAUUCUCCACUCUUAGAGAGGGACUGAGAGUUUCAAAGUUUUGAGAGUCAGAUGUGUGGACUGGCCAAGUUAUGCCGCCCCUUCCUACUCCUCUUUCAGUCCCACAACAAUAUGAAGAACUGAUUAUAACUUACAGAGAUCUUUUCUGUGUGAGCCAACAUCAGUAAUAUUGGCACAUGUAUGGGGGUGCACAUGACAGAAAUAAAGGGCUCUAGAUGGAUGACUGCAUUUAUUAGCACUUUGGUUACAGUCUCUCUUAAUUACAAUUAAUAUAGCACUAUCGCUGAUUUACACAAUUUACAGUUCACCGUUGCAUAUACAUUAGGAUUCUCAUUUUCCACUAGUCAUCUCCUAGCAAUGGAUCUCAACACAGAAAUUAGCACUUCAAAUCACUAUGAAGUUUUCUUGCUGUUUCUUCUUCAAUCCUUCUGCCCUGCUCUGCCCUCCUAUAUCCUAAUCUGUACUAAAUUGCUCCUAGCUUCUACUUUGCUCCUCUAGCUUAUGACUGCCCACAAACCUUUGUUUUCUCCUAUAAACCUUUGAUGAGGACUUACAGAAAACGCGUCACGUGGUCUCUAUCCAUUUUUGUGUGACAUCACUGACUACAAGGAAGUGUAUUUACAUUGUAUAAUACUGAUGUAAAUUGUGAUCUAGCAGCAAGUGAUGUUAUUAGUAGAAAAGAGGAUGCAGUUUCACAUUAGUUCAUGCCAUUCUCAUGAUUAUGCUCAAUGUUCUAGUGCAGAUAGUAUUUCAAAAGGAAGAAAUAGAUUAGUGCAUAUACUAAUUUCUAGAAAUGCUGAUGCCCAUUACAUUUCUGUUAUUUCCUCUAUUUUCUACGAUAAGUUAUGUUGUGUACAUGACCAAAUCUGUUAAGUCAUUUUUAGGUCUAAAGAAGUUGAUAUUAAGUUUCCUCAGUUAAUGAAAGGAAGUAUCAGCCAGAUUAACAAGAAGGAAGAAAUCUGAAUGAAAAAUAUUAAAUACCAAAUAUGAAUAAAAUCCAGCUAAUUGUUCAGGUGCUAGCAAGGUACACACAAAUACUUACAGAUAGGAUUAAAAAAAAACUUUCUCAUAUUUAGGAGUAAGGAAAUGCAUAAAUUCAUGAAAUUCUUAUAAUUUCUUCACCAUUAUGUAUAAUGCUUUGUUAGGGGCACAUAGUAGCAUAGUUGAUUGAGGCACUAUGCUACAAGUCGAAAGGUCACGGGUUCGACUCUCAAUGAGAUGGAUUCUUUCAACCUAACCUUUCCAGCCACAUUAUGGGCCUGGGGUUGACUCAGCCUCUAAUAGAAAUGAGUACCAGGAAUCUUCCAGG